AUGACUACUCAGAUACUGAUUGCAUCCAUGGCCGCUGUUGGGUCACUUUAUGGCAUUUCAGUCAUGCCAAUGGGAGUCUUAGAGAUGAUUCACAACGGAGAGUGGCCCUUAGGGGAAAGAUUCUGUCGUGCACGCCAUGCUUGUAAUCAAUUCCUUGGCAUAAACUUCAUGAUCCAUGUCAUGUGUCUGUCUAUCGACCGAUACAUCGCCAUAUGCAAGCCUCUCAAAUACAGAGUGUUGACGUACAGGACAGGAUUAAUUAUGACUGCUGUAACCUGGUUACUGACAAGCCUAACCUUAGUAGAAAAACAAAUCUUUUUAGAGACUCAGGUAGAUGUGAUAGCUCCACAUUACAACGCUUCGUCCCUGAUUAAACCUGACGAUAAUAUCUUAACAGAUAAAAUAUUCGUUCUUGCAAACUAUUUCUUAUGGAAUUCACCGUUCUACGUUUCUUAUCUUCUUAACGGCUUCUUACUUCUUGAAGUUUACCGAUAUCACAAAAGAUCACCGAGAAGUUUAAAAACUAAAAAGUUUGAAAACAGCCAAACACGUAGUAAAGAUUAUAAAUCUAAAAAGAAUAAACCUGCUGACGUUGGCCAAGCUGGUUCCCAGAAACCUGGUUUUUGUCCAGGAGACGGUGCGUCUUGUAGCUCAGUAGCAUACGAUCCUCCUGCAGCAACCGAGGAUAAGAAACAAGAAUCUGCUCAAAUUGUUGCGCCCCGACGAUCAAAAAUGUUCAGAGCUGUUCGCACCGUCGGCUUUAUGAUGAUUUGCUACACGCUAUGCUGGUUGCCGGCGUGGAUUUACAUGGCUUGGUUAUUUGGACAGGGUUUAAGCUUUCCACUGUGGUCUGAGAUUCUGGUGCUGUGGAUCACGUACAGCAACUCUGCGUUAAAUCCAAUGAUCUACUGCACGUACAAGCCAGUUAGCAGGGCUUUUAAGUCCCUUUUCGAGACUUAA